CGAGCGAUGAGGCUGCGUGACUGCAGUUUGAUUCGAUGGCAUCCGCAAUGCGCUCGGAUGCGAGACGUCGGGUUGCAAAUGUGUGUGCCCAUCGUAGCGGUAGCGCGACUGGACUCUCGUGGACUCGUUGCUUGCAGGAAGAUAGAUCAUGGAGCUGGAGGUGGCCGAAUCAGACAGAAUUGCGUCUCGCUCCGACUCCAGGACUGCAGUUCGUGCUGAUUGCUCAUCGAGCUCGAUCGAUUCGACGGCUAGCUUGAGACUGAGACUGCAGUUCGACGUGAUGGGCUGUGGAUACGACGAGCUGGGGAUUCGGAUUGGCUCGGGACGUGUCCGGCUGGGUUGAAGUGGAGGCUUCGAGGCCUGUAGAAUGGCUGCCGUGAAGUAGCUGCGUCUGAUGGAUGACAGGGGAGUGUCUCAGAUGAAGAUGGCGAGGAAUUGGAUUCCCGACGCUUUUAGUGCUGUCCGCUGCUUCACAUUAUGGUCUUCGGCUCAACUCGAUUCUGUGUACAUCCUGAAUGAAAUGGCGCCGAUCAGUAGCAGGAGCUGGUACAAAUGGGGACCAAGAGUGAUCAUGGUAACAGCAGCACUUGCUGUGUUGAUAAUUCUCUUGAAGAAGGUCAUGGACGUGCUCGUAAUCUUGUGGUGGAGGCCCCUUGUGAUAAGAAAGAUAAUGGAGAAACAGGGAAUCAAGGGACCUGCAUAUCACUUUUUGUUUGGAAACAUGAGGGAGAUCAAAGAAAUCAAUCUUGCUGCAAAAAAAUUGGAAACUUUGGAUAUGUUGGAGAAUCACGCAGGUACCUUGAAGCGUGUUGUUCCAUUCUUUAGCCUCUGGAUGAAGCUAUACGGAAAAACUUUUAUGUACUGGUUUGGUCCGGAGCCAAAUUUGUAUAUCAUGGAUCCGGAACUGGUGAAGGAGGUGAUGUCGACGAAUUUUCAGCACUACGAGAAGCCGACAUAUGUGGUGCAGAUUAUGAACGCACUUUUGGGACGUGGACUUGUAACAGCUAUCAAGGAGGACUGGGCCAACCAGCGCCGCAUCGUCAGACCUGCCUUCCACUUUGAGAAAUUGAAGGAUAUGAUGGGAGACAUGGCAGCAAGUGCUCAGGAGCUUAUAAACAAUCUGGAGACCAUCAUAAAAGACGAGGGUAGCUACGCUGAAAUAGAAAUCAAGCAGCACAUCAAGAAUGUCACCGCCGAUAUUAUAGCACGCACAGCCUUUGGUAGCAGCUAUGAACAGGGGAAGAAGGUCUUCCAAGUGCAGAUCAAACUGAACAAAAUGUUCGAAAAAGUUCUUCACCUGUUGUGGAUACCAGGAUUUUUCUACAUCCCUACAGCCGAUAACAGAAAGCUCUGGAAGCUUCACAAGGAACUGGAGAAGAGUCUCCAGAAAAUCGUCCAAGCUCGGUUGGAUAUUGUGCAACAGGAGAAGGGCAUGUCGUAUGGAAAUGAUCUGUUGGGCCUCAUUGUUGCAUCGAGCGAGGACAGCAAUUCGCCCAACAAAGCUCAUGUUCGAUUAACUACCAAGCAGCUGAUCGAUGAAUGUAAGACAUUCUUCUUCGCCGGUCAGGAGACUACGGAAUGCUUACUUACCUGGACACUGAUGUUACUCGCCUUGCACCCGGAGUGGCAAGACCGCGCCCGAGAGGAAGUUGAGGAAGUAUGCCAGGGAAUGCCACUCGACGCAAGCCACCUGAGCAGGUUGAAAAUUAUGGGGAUGGUACUGCAUGAAACUGCGAGACUCUAUCCCCCCGUGAUCUCUGUGACGAGGGUAGCAUGCAAGGACAUGCAAUUGAGGAACAUAUUCGUUCCCAAAGGUCUGUCGAUAGAGAUACCGAUCAUAUCAAUCCACAUGGAUCCAGAUCUUUGGGGCGAGGACGCAUCUGAAUUCAAGCCAGAGAGAUUUGCACAUGGCGUCGCCAGCGCCUGCAAGCAUCCUUUGGGAUACAUGCCAUUUUCCAUGGGUCCUCGAAAGUGCCUAGGACAGACUUAUGCUCUGAUGGAAGCUAAAGUCGUCCUCGUGGCUAUCUUGCAACGCUUCACUUUCUGUCUCUCGUCUAACUAUGAGCACUGUCCUGAGAGUGGGCUUUUAUUGUACCCUCGUCGUGGUGUCCAGCUGCUGAUGGACACGUUGUAGCACUUUCUUCGAGACAUGUAGGAAUUGUAUAUUUAUGUGAAGAAGAAGACCUGGUGGACGGCUACCACCUCAAGUUUUGGUCUUCGACUGAGCCUUCACUUCGGGAGAUUUGGCCCUCGAGUAGAUGGGCAGGGCAACCUGGAACCUCUUCAGUUCUCCAUUUCUCCAUUUCAGAAGGCGGUCGUGUACAAAGGCUAAAGAUUUUGAUCAUUGUGCUCACUAGUGUACAGACGUAGCAUUUUAACGAUGGUGGCGAAGAGCGAUGCAUUUUUCAAGGAAGUAGAAUUACUCUUACAGAAAUGGAGAUGUUUCAGAGUAGGCUUGGAUUUAUUGUCACCUCCUGUGACGCAGUUCUGUAGAUAUGUAUCGUUAGACCAGUGAUAUGAGAAGCCGGAGUCCGGCUCCUAGAGCUGAUGAUUCAACUUUUUCUUGACUCCGGGAGAGCAAUUAAACAGCAGUCGGCAUAUUGAAUUUCUUUGUGUCAAAAUCUUGUGAACUGUCGGAAACUUCGAUAACCGGAAACACGAUAAGCCAGCUGAGUAUCUUUC